UUCUCUCCGAUGAAACAUCCUACAGCUGCUGUGCCAUGCUCGAAACUCCUGUUACUGGCUAUCCUCUUGUCUUGGAGAUAUCCACGUUCGUCUUGGCAUGCUUAGUCGUCAUGCCAGCCAGGGAAACACCCUCUUACAGAAACUCAUCCGGCGGACAUGACGUCGCGAUAUCUCGGCAGCUGCCUCAUGCUGUGCUGUCUGCUUUUGUGUUCCUCCGCUUGUUGCCUUGCUGUGGGUUUCCGGUCUGUCAGCUCACUUGAUUAUGGUGCGAUGGGAAACUCGACCGAUGCGUAUUGUUUGUGCGACGAAGGUGAGAAAGGCGGACUGAGUUUGUGGAUUGUGAUAUGUCGUGUUGAGAGGUCAUUACGAGAGGUCAUCUGUCAAGGUCAAGGUGAGUUAUGGCCGUCAGAUGAGUCUUCUUCCCGGUGCCUGUGAUGUUGUCAGUUUCUGAAAGUUGUGGAGUGUCGGAACUUCCAUUGCUCGU